GAGACGGGUGAAGCUCGUGGAAAAAGGGAUGAGAGGUGCGACGCUCUCAAACACCGGGACGCUCGAAAAGUUUUCUGAAGUUUUCAGGCGACCGAAGAGCGUGUAGCUUUAGGAAUUUUAACCACUGAAAAGACGACAAGAAGUUGUAGUUAACAAACAAAGCGUGUUUAUAUAUUCCUUUACUAAUAACAUGAAAAGAAGCCGACGAGUAAUGCGCUAGGCAAAUAUAAACAAAUUCAUGGAGAUGAAUUAUUCCUCCGGUCUGUUGUCGAACUGACUUGUGUAUUCGUAGGAUAUUCAACAGUUAGCUUUACAUUUGUUUAUUUUUAUAUCACUAACGCGUUAAUAUGGCAGAACACGAAAGUUUGGAGUAUGGAAAGGCGGACUUUGUUCUUCUGGACAAUGUGUCUUUGGAAGAGUUUAUGGCCAACCUCAAACUCAGGUUUGAAAAGGGUCGUAUUUACAGCUACAUCGGAGAAGUGGUGGUGUCGGUUAACCCUUACCGUGCCAUGAACAUUUACGGACGAGACACCAUCGAGCAGUACAAAGGCAGAGAGUUGUACGAGCGACCGCCACAUCUUUUCGCCAUCGCCGAUGCUGCAUACAAAGCCAUGAAGAGAAGGAACAAAGACACUUGCAUUGUUAUCUCAGGGGAGAGUGGAGCUGGCAAAACGGAGGCUAGUAAAUAUAUUAUGCAAUAUAUUGCUGCUAUCACCAAUCCCAGCCAAAGAGCAGAGGUGGAGAGGGUAAAAAACAUGCUGCUGAAGUCUAACUGCGUCCUAGAGGCUUUUGGGAACGCCAAGACCAACCGCAAUGAUAACUCCAGUCGGUUCGGCAAGUACAUGGAUAUCAACUUUGAUUUUAAGGGAGACCCCAUUGGCGGCCAUAUCAGCAACUACCUGCUUGAGAAGUCCCGAGUCAUUUUUCAGCAGGAAGGAGAGAGGAGUUUCCACUCUUUCUACCAGCUGGUGAAAGGAGCUCCAGAUGCUCAGCUACGGGCCCUGCACAUUCAGAGAGAUCCCACAGCAUACACCUACAUCAAAGUUGGAGGCCAGAUAAAGUCGUCUAUUAAUGACAGUGCUGAUUUUAAAGCUGUCACUGAUGCCAUGAAGGUCAUUGGAUUCACUGCAGAGGAGAUUCAGACGGUCUACAAGAUCCUGGCUACCAUCUUACAUCUGGGGAAUCUGAAGUUUGGAAGUGAUGGAGAUGUGACUCUCAUUGAGAACUCCAAGCUAGUGUCCGUUCUGGGGGAUUUGCUGUCCACCAAAGACGAGAAUGUAGAAAAAGCUCUGCUCUAUCGCACUGUGGCCACUGGACGCGAUGUCAUUGACAAACAACACACUCAUCAAGAGGCCAGUUAUGGCCGGGAUGCCUUGGCCAAGGCCAUUUAUGAGCGGCUUUUCUGUUGGAUUGUUGGAAGAAUCAAUGAUAUCAUUGAGGUGAAAAACUAUGAUGCCAGGGUUCAUGGGAAAAACACGGUCAUUGGAGUUCUGGACAUCUAUGGCUUUGAGAUCUUUCAGAACAACAGCUUUGAGCAAUUCUGUAUAAACUACUGUAAUGAGAAACUACAGCAGCUCUUCAUUCAGCUGGUGUUGAAACAAGAGCAAGAGGAGUAUCAAAGAGAGGGCAUCCCCUGGAAACAUAUUGACUACUUCAACAAUCAGAUCAUCGUGGAUCUGGUGGAACAGCAGCAUAAGGGCAUUUUUGCGGUCCUGGAUGAGGCGUGCAUGAAUGUGGGGAAGGUGACAGAUGAGAUGUUCCUGCAGGCUCUCAAUGGAAAACUGGCAAAACAUGCCCACUACACCAGCCGCAAGCUUUCCCCCACGGACAAAAACCUGGAGUUUGACCGAGACUUCCGCAUCCGUCAUUAUGCUGGAGAUGUGGUUUACUCUGUUGUGGGCUUUAUUGACAAGAACAAGGACACCUUGUUUCAAGACUUCAAGAGGUUACUUUACAACAGCUCAAACCCUGUGCUGAAGGCCAUGUGGCCAGAGGGCAAACUGAGCAUCACAGAGGUCACCAAACGACCCCUGACUGCUGCCACACUCUUCAAAAACUCCAUGAUCUCUCUGGUGGAGAACUUGGCGAGCAAGGAGCCAUACUAUGUGCGUUGCAUAAAGCCAAAUGAUGUUAAAUCACCGCUGCUCUUUGAGCACGAACGCUGCAAGCACCAAGUGGAGUACCUGGGCCUUCUGGAGAACGUCCGGGUGCGACGAGCUGGUUUUGCUAACCGACAAACCUACCCACGGUUCCUUCAAAGGUAUAAGAUGAUCUCUGAGUUCACCUGGCCCAACCACGACCUGUCAUCUGAUAAGGAGGCGGUGAAACGUCUGCUGCAGGGUUGUGGGUUUGAACACGACGUGGCCUACGGCAAGACCAAAGUUUUCAUUCGCACCCCUCGAACCAUCUUCAGCCUGGAGGAGCAGAGAGCAGAGAUGGUGAAGAGGAUCGUCCUCUUUUUGCAAAAGGUGUGGCGCGGGACACUGGCCAGAAUGCGUUACCGCCGCAUGCGUGCCGCCCUCAUCAUCAUCCGGGCGUACAGGAGAUACAAGGUUAAGUCGUACAUCCGCGAGGUCAACCGGCGCUUCAAAAACGUCCGUGGCAUGAAGGAUCACGGCAAACAUGUGAAGUGGCCCACACCUCCCAAGGUCUUGCGCAAGUUUGAGGAGGCACUGAGGAACAUCUAUAACAGAUGGUGGGCCUGGACGCUCAUUAAAGACCUGUCUCCAGAGGAUAUGGUGCAGAUCAGGGCUAAAGUGGCCGCAUUAGAGAGUCUGAAGGGGCAGAGAGCAGAUCUCGGACUGCAGAGAGCCUGGGAGGGCAACUACCUGAAAAAGGACAGUCCUGGGACAGCGUCUUCCUUUACUCUCGUUUCCAGUGAUCUGCAGAGGAAAGAUAAGUUUAUGAGAGUCCUUUUCUCCUGCAAUGUCCGCAAGAUCAAUCGCUUCAAUAAAGCAGAGGACCGAGCAUUGCUCAUCACUGAUCGCCACCUCUACAAAAUGGACCCUGUCAAGCAAUACAAGCCCAUGAAGAGCAUCCCACUCUAUAAUGUGACCGGAGUGAGCAUUUCCCCUGGGAAAGACCAGCUGGUCGUCUUCCACACCAAAGACAACCGGGACCUAAUCGUAUGCCUGCAGGGCAUGGUGCCAGCGGGGGACAGCCGCAUCGGAGAGCUGGUUGGGACCCUGCUCAGCCACUUCAAAAGUGAGAAGAGGAAGCUACAGGUGAACAUUGUCAGCCCCAUUCACUGCAGUAUGAAUGGAAGGAAGUGCACUGUCGUCGUGGAAACCAAGAUCAACCAAUCACAGCCAGACUUCACCAAGAGCCGAUCGGGAUACAUUCUCUCAGUGCCAGGCAACUAGAGGACCAGGGAUCCCAAAAACGGCCCCUUUAAAAGGACACUGACAGCAGGGUAUCUAUUUUGUGUGCUAGUCCAAACUUUUGAGCUGAGAACCUCAGAAAUCAAGCCAUACCAAAUUUGCCUGAAGACAGGCAUAGAAUAAUAUUUAAUUAAGAGAAAAAAGUUCCCUAAAUCCAAACUUCAGUUUAGAUUAGUUUCAAGAUGACAAGAAGGAAGCGAUAUAGACCCUCAAAGAAGUUGAGUUACCAAACUCUGUUUAUUUAUUAAACAUUACGACCAAAUGAAGGGCAAUCAUAAAUGUAAUAUUUAUGAGGAACAGGAUAUGCAGGAUUUUAAAAAGUUUCUAACUUGUGUUUUGAGGUUUUUCCUUCAAAGGGAAUUUGUUGGGUUUUGAUCAUCGCUUCAUGUGGGAUGAAGAAUAGCUCUGCUUGUGUCCCAACAUAUUGCACAGAUCAUAAGCAGUCUGAAAAAUGCGUUGCUGCUGAAUUUGAUCGGAUGUUCUUGAGCGGGAUGUGUUGAUCAUAUCCUUAAACUCAUUAACUGCUCAGAGAGGAGCGUUAAACACUCUCGUAAUUUAAUACAUUCUCUUUUUCUGCAUAUAGCUGGUCAUUUAUACACAUUGUAUACAGAAACUGUCAUAUUGGAUAUAGCUUAUAUAAUGUACUGUAUGCACUAUAUAUAAUGUAGGUAGGACGAGAGCUGUCAUGUAUUCACAUAUUUCAUGAUCUUGGAGAAUCAGACGGGACAUAUUGUCUAUAGCCAUUUUUUAAAAUAAUAGACCCUGGUGUCAAUAGUAAUCCCUAUAUAGCAAAUAAAUUUAUUUCUUGAUGAUAAAGCAGUUAAAAAGAGGCUUUCUCAUGUUUACAAAGCAGUCGCCAUUUUAUGAGCCAAAAAUGCAUGUCACCUAAAAACACAAGGUGAAGAAAAUCCUUGUUCCAUUAUGGUCGUUUUUAUUUUUGCAAGCUAGUUCUAUCUAAUAUCUUGUCAAUAUUAACACUGCAAACAGCGAGUGUUGAUAUUACGAACUUUGCACAUCUAUGUGGGUAAAUGUGUUCAAAUAAGAGAGAAAGAGAGCAGUAUUGAUUCAUAGAACAAAAUCAACAGAGUUCUGAGUGGAAACUCCCAAGAUGUCUGACCCAGUUUGAAGCUUUCGUAACUGAUAAAGAAAGUGCCAAGCUGAAAACUGACUGCUGUUCUUCAAUCCUAAGGUGUUUGCAUAAAUCUGUUUCAUUGUUUUGUUUGUGGCUUUUAGCGAGAGAUCUUUUUUAUCAGUUAAUUGGGAUCGUUUCUGGUGGCCAAAAAUAUCACUAAGCUCCCAUCACUGGGUGUGAUUAAAAUGGUCGGGGGGGAAUGUGCAUUCGAUAGUGAGCUGUGGGCACAGCUACUGAUCCGUCCAAGUCAGACAGUCAGACUAUCACUUUCGGGAAGUGAUCGCGAUGCAGCUCAGUCAUUGUGGUUUUAAACAGCCUCAAGCUACAUGUGAACUCUGAUCACAAUCUCCAUUUUGCUUUACUGUUCCUGUCUGCUUUAAACAGGUGCAUGCUGUCUCAUCUUCUUUCUCAGUCCCUGUACUCUCUCUUGACUAUUAACCUGGAUUGGUAAAGUGUGUCAGGAAUGCACAUAGUACUUUAGGAAGAUAAAGACGCUCUAAUCCAGUUUCUGCUCAGUUCUUAAAAGCAAAUAAAUGCAAUAAAUGAACUUACAGCAUUGAGAAGUUGUCAAGGUCUAUUUUUCUUGAAUCAAACACUAUACAUUAGACAUUUUUCGGCCCUCAGUAGAAAAAUACUGACUGUGUGUGUGAAUGCUCUUUUACCUUGAUUAAACGAGUUAUGCGAUUGUUCUUUUGCAUAAAAUCUGACCCACUUUAUGUUUUGUUCUGAUCGUUGAAUAUAUGAUCAUAUAAAGUCAUUUCGUUCUUUCUUGUCCUGAACCACAGUGAUUCCGUUUAAGUGCCGGAUAAUUCCAGUUCCCAGGUAAACGUCUUUUAUGUUCGUUGUUGUAAUUGUAUCUGUUCACCUUGGUUAAUAUUCAAGACUUAGUCUGAUCCGAUCAAAUGAUGUGCCUACUUUUAUACUUCUGUUAUUUAAUUAAUAUAUUUUAAAAUGAUGUUUUAAAUUUUUAAAAGAUUUUACACAAGGCUUGGACCAAAUCAAAAAAGGGAAUCCGGAUUAUAGAGCUUUUUUCGUAUGUAUAUUAAUGCAAUAACCUGUAUGUUUAGUAAUGAAAAUUAUUAUAUGGAAACCAAACUACACUUUUUAAACCAUUGUAUUGCAUACUGAUUUGUUUUGUUAAUCAAAUAAAGGCUGUACCAGAUAUCUGCUCCUGAAAAUAAACAUGCCCUUGAAGUGUCUGCUCCAAGGGUUUUGCUCCAUCA